AUGGCGCCAAAGAGCGCCAAAAAAGAGUCCUCCACGAAAAAAUAUACCCCGCAACAAGCCAGCAACCCCAAUUCCAACCACGGUAACAACAACAACAACAGCAGCAGCAACAACCCCCCAAACUGGCCAGACCUAAAACCCCUCGUCCCCGCCUCAGAUCUCCAUCUUGAAACCCUCCUGGAUGACCAGAUCCCCAUAAUCCGCAACCUCUUCACAGCAACCCUCUGCAAAACAUACGUCUCCUUCCUCUCCACGCUGCCCCUUGUCACGACCCCGGGACGGCCCAAGAAGGACGAGGCUGUGCGCGUCAAUGACCGGUUCCAGAUGCAUGAUUCGGCAUUUUGCGGAAGCGGCUCGUUUUUGUGGUAG